CGGUGGUUCGACAUACGCAGCUCACCCCGACCGACGCGUACGGCAUCAUCGAGUUUCAGGGAGGAGGAUUCAUCAACAAAGCCAUGUAUAUCCGGGUGUCUCAUGAUACUAAGCCGGACAGUUUGCUGCAUCUAAUGGUGAAGGAAUGGCAGCUGGAGUUGCCCACGCUGCUGAUUUCGGUCCACGGCGGCCUCCAGAACUUCGACCUGCAGCCCAAACUCAAGCAGGUGUUCGGGAAAGGCCUGAUCAAGGCUGCGGUGACCACCGGGGCAUGGAUCUUCACUGGUGGAGUCAGCACGGGAGUGAUUCGGCACGUCGGAGAUGCUUUGAAAGACCACUCUUCAAAAUCCAGAGGGAAGGUCUGUGCUAUAGGAAUCGCACCGUGGGGAAUCCUGGAGAACAAGGAGGACCUUAUUGGAAAAGACGUCAACAAACCAUACCAAGCAAUCUCCAACCCUCUGAGCAAACUAGCAGUUCUCAACAACAGCCAUUCGCACUUCAUCCUGUCUGAUAACGGCACUUGUGGCAAAUACGGAGCCGAGGUCAAGCUACGCAGGCAGCUGGAGAAACACAUCUCGCUCCAGAAGAUUAACACGCGAUUGGGUCAGGGUGUACCGUUGGUGUGUCUGAUUGUGGAGGGGGGUCCCAACGUGAUCUCCAUUGCCCUGGAAAGCCUGCGCGAGGAGCCGCCUGUGCCUGUUGUGGUUUGCGACGGCAGCGGUCGAGCAUCUGACAUCAUUUCCUUCGCCCACAAAUACUCCGAGGUUGAAGGAUUGGUAAACGAGGACGCAAAAGAGCAACUGUUGGUCACCAUUCAGAAAACCUUUAACUACAACAAAAUGCAGUCCGGCCAAAUUCUGCUCAUGGUCCUUGAAUGCAUGAAGAAGAGGGAGCUGAUAACAGUCUUUCGAAUGGGAGCUGAGGGACAGGAUGAUAUUGAAAUGGCUAUCCUGACUGCAUUACUAAAAGGAACAAACGCAUCGGCUCCGGAUCAGCUGAGUUUGGCUCUGGCCUGGAAUAGAGUAGACAUUGCACGAAACCAAAUCUUUGUGUAUGGACACAAUCUACCACCUGCCAGUGCUCUAGCUAGUGCCAUCACCAUCUCCGCGCCGUCUCAAGAAAAGCAAAAAGGAGCAACUCAGCGUAACAAAGGAAAGGCCCGAGGGAAAAAGGGCAAAGGAGGCAAAGCCAAACCAGAACAGCCAGAGGAAACCGACCCCAGAAAGCUAGAACUACUUAACUGGGUGAACUCCCUCGAGCAGGCCAUGAUGGACGCUUUGGUUCUGGACAGGACGGAUUUCGUCAAGCUCCUGAUAGAAAACGGUGUAAACAUUCACCAUUUUCUAACCAUCCCUCGAUUAGAGGAGUUAUACAACACUAAACUCGGUCCUGGCAACACUCUGCAUAUUUUAGUAAGAGAUGUUAAAAAGGGGAAUCUCCCACCAGACUACCAGAUCACAUUGAUUGACAUCGGACUAGUGGUGGAGUACCUGAUGGGCGGAGCCUAUCGCUGCAACUACACGCGGAAAAACUUCAGAGCUCUUUACAAUAAUCUUUAUGGACUAAAGAGGCCCAAAGCCCUGAAGCUGCUUGGAAUGGAGGAUGACGAGCCCAGGUCAAAAGGCAAGAAGAAGCAGAAGAAGAAGAAGAAGGAGGAGGAAGAGGACAUCGACGUGGACGACCCAGAGGUCAGUCGCUUCCACUACCCGUUUCACGAGCUGAUGGUGUGGGCCGUGCUGAUGAAGAGGCAGAAGAUGGCUUUAUUCCUGUGGCAGAGGGGCGAGGAGGGCAUGGCCAAAGCUCUGGUGGCCUGUAAGCUCCUCAAAGGCAUGGCCCACGAGUCCUCUCAGAGCGAGAUGGUGGACGAUAUUUCUCAAGACCUCGAUAACAACUCCAAGGAGUUUGGAACCUUGGCCUAUGAGCUGCUGGAUCAGUCUUACAAACAUGAUGAGCAGCUAGCCAUGAAACUGCUGACCUACGAGUUAAAGAACUGGAGUAACUCCACCUGUCUGAAGCUGGCGGUGGCAGCUAAACACAGAGACUUCAUCGCCCACACCUGCAGCCAGAUGCUGCUCACAGACAUGUGGAUGGGCAGCCUGAGGAUGGGCAAAAACCCUGGGCUGAAGGUCAUACUGAGCCUCAUUUUCCCACCUUUCAUCCUGCUGUUGGACUUCCGCCUGGGAGAUGACACGUCUCAUCAGGUUGCUGUGGCCACUGAAGACAAAAAGACCAAAGAUGAUGAAAGGUCCACUCGGGAUGCUAAUGCAGAUGCAGCCUCUAAGAAAGGAGACGAGGAGGACGGAAAUAAGAAAAUGAGGCGCAUUCCUAUCGGGACGAAAAUCUUUGAGUUCUACAAUGCCCCUUUCACCAAGUUUUGGUUCAAUACAAUUUCCUAUCUUGGCUAUCUCAUGCUGUACAAUUACAUAGUACUGGUGAAGAUGGAGCGGUGGCCAUCUUUACAAGAGUGGAUCGUCAUUUCAUACAUCAUCACUUUGGGCUUGGAGAAAGUCAGACAGAUUUUGAUGUCCGAACCAGGCAAGCUCAAGCAAAAGAUUAACGUGUGGUUGGAGGAGUACUGGAACAUUACAGACCUGGUAGCCAUCUCAGUGUUCUUGCUUGGGCUACUACUUAGGCUGCAAAAUGAGCCUUAUAUGGGCUACGGCCGUGUGAUCUACUGCGUGGAUAUCAUCUUCUGGUAUAUCCGUGUGUUGGACAUAUUUGGUGUCAACAAAUACCUAGGACCCUAUGUCAUGAUGAUCGGGAAAAUGAUGAUUGACAUGCUGUACUUUGUGGUGAUCAUGUUGGUGGUCCUGAUGAGUUUUGGCGUGGCGCGGCAGGCCAUUCUCCACCCAGAUGAGGAGCCCACAUGGCGCCUGGCCCGCAACAUCUUCUACAUGCCUUACUGGAUGAUCUAUGGAGAGGUGUUUGCAGAUUCGAUAGACCUUUACGCAAUGGAAAUAAACCCUCCCUGUGGGGAAAACCUAUAUGAUGAGGAUGGGAAGAAGCUUCCUCCGUGCAUCCCUGGAGCUUGGCUGACCCCCGCCAUCAUGGCCUGUUAUUUGUUGGUGGCCAACAUCCUGCUAGUAAACUUGCUCAUUGCUGUCUUCAACAACACAUUCUUUGAGGUUAAGUCCAUCUCCAACCAGGUGUGGAAGUUUCAGAGAUAUCAGCUCAUCAUGACCUUUCAUGACAGACCUGUGCUCCCUCCACCGCUCAUUAUCUUGAGCCACCUCUACAUCCUAUUCCGUAAACUCUGCUGCCGCUGUAGCAAGAAAAAGGAGGGAGAACUGGAUGAGAAAGAUAAAGGACUGAAGCUUAUACUCACCCCGGAUGAGCUGAAGAUGCUGUACGAGUUUGAGGAGCAAUGUGUAGAGGAGUAUUUCAGGGAGAAAGAAGACGAGCAACUUUCCUCAAACGAUGAGCGCAUCAGGGUUACAAAUGAAAGGGUGGAGAACAUGUCCAUGCGUCUUGAGGAGGUAAACGAAAGGGAAAACACAAUGAAGGCCUCCCUUCAGACAGUGGAUCUCCGGUUGUCCCAGUUGGAAGAUAUUAAUGGCCGAAUGGUGAAUGCCUUGGAAAGACUAGUGGGAAUCGACCACUCUGAACUGACCAGGAGCCGCUCUUCAGCCUCCUCUAUUUGCGAUCCCUCAUCUCUCCAGCGUCACAGUAGCAUCAACAGUGCUGAUGGGUACAGCCUCUACCGCUAUUACCUCGGCGUUGAUGAACGUCCACCAGAGGAGAAAGAGGGAGAUCCAAAUAAAACAAUGAGUACAACAAACGUCAACACAAAGGAAUAUGGCCAGAACCUAGAAGUAGAUGUUCCAGGGGUAAAAAGACGCCUCGGGUCAUGUGUGGACAUCAGAAUCUUCCCUUGUGAGAAAGGUGAUGAAGUUGAAGGCACGAAGGCAGAAUCACCCAAAUCAACAGUUCCAGACAACCCAACUGCUUCUUUGGAUAGUGACACACUAAAACAAGCCUUAACGAUGGAGAGAACCAAGCUUCAGGCAACUACAUCUUAUCCUCUGGAAGAGGUUGCAGCAUUCAGAUACUAUCCCUCAGAAUUACAAAGCAAAUCCCCUUCUACUGUGCGAAGGUCUAAGAGCACGAUCUUGUACAAUCAAGUAAGUGGAAGGCAAGCAAGUCAAGAUGGAGAAGGAAUUGAUGGAUCUGCUUCUACAAGACGUUGGAGUGCUGGCUAUGAGUAUAAGGUGCAUGCUAGUCUUUUCGGUCAGACGCCAAAGGUUUCAAUGGUAAGACCCUUAGUAGAUGAGAUCGACAAGUUUAAGGACAGUUUCAAGGUACAGGAACAUACUGAGGAACAGAGGCCGAGAUCUUCUUCCAGACAGAGUAAAGAGGAGAUGGGAUUGCAAGACGGAGAGAAGACACCAGCUGCUUCUGAUGGAGCGGUGAAUCAUGAAAGAGCUCAGGAGCUAACUGAAGAUGGGAUAAACAAGACACAAGCAGAAGAGGUGACAUUGCCAGAAGUAGAUCAGAUGAAUCGAGAAGAAAAGAAUGAUGUAGUGGACACGGAGGUGGAGGUGGCAAGGGAACCUCCUGAAGGAAGCUACGGAAAGGAGGAAGGAUCGGAGAAGCAAGAUGGACAACAAACAGAUGAGUUAACAACAAUCGCAACUCCCUGUGAUUCUGACGGCAGCCAUCUGCUCCUGCCAGAGGACACGAUGUUCCUUCCUGGGAGAUCCAAGAGCUGGUCUACCAAGUCCUGCAAGUCUUUAGGAAACAGCUUGAAAAGAGCCCAUGGGUCGAGCAGUGAAAGAAACCUUGCUGGAGCUUGUGGAGACUCUCCUGAUGAUCCAGCAAAGCCAGCAACACACCAGACUGAUGAUACACCUUUGAAUGAGCCAUAGCUGUAUACCAUAGGUUUCCAAUCUUGCUCCUGGCGGGCCAACAUUCUUAACUAUUUACGUCCAACCAGGUCUAGAGCUACGUUCAAGUCCUCCUCCUGGGACAUUAGUGCUUAGGAGUUGACAAGUCGUAGUUAUGAUGUAAGGUGCAUUACUUUCAUCUGCACCAAGAUGGUAGUGUACCUUAUUUUGAUGAAUUACAAGAAUUUACAGGGUUUGUUAACUCUGCUGAUAGGAAAUGAGAAGCAAAGGAUUCGCAUCAGGUGUGUUUUGUGUUUUUUAAUAGCUUUGAAAAUAAUUUAUGAAGCCACUUUAAUUUAAUCAUAUGAAAACUGAUUUAUUGUUGUAUUACAAUACAGUCACGUUCAAAAAGCUUGUCUUUUUAGUAAAUAAAAGACUGACCAACAUUGUAUCCAACAAUUAUGCCAUGUUUCUUGCCAACUUGGCCCCAACUUGGAAAUUCAGGACUAAAAGGAAAUUCCUAACUUGAGAGAAAUUGGGAGAAAAAGCUUUAAAACAAUUGGUUUACAAAGUGAUUUGAAGCAUUGAAAAAACACAUUCUAAACCACAGGUGUCGAAUCCAGUUCCUGGAGGGCCACAGCUCUGCAGUUUAGCUUUAACCCUAAUUAAACACGCCUGAUCAAACUAACUGUGUCCUUCAGGCUUGUUAGAAACCUACAGGUGAGUGUGUUGAAGCAGGGUAGGAACUAAACUGUGCAGAGCUGCGGCCCUCCAGGAACUGGAUUUGACACCUGUGUUCUAAACCAUGAAAAUACAACUGAAACUUUAAGUGUAACCUAUAAAUGCACUUAGCUUAUAUACUAUUAUAUAAAAUCUAUAUGAUAUGCAUUCUUUUAUAGAUUUUCAAGGAUUAUAUAUUGUUUG